AUGCAAAUCUCCAAAGGCGAGAUCUUACAGUCUUUAUUCGGCACCCAAGACCAGGACUAUCACAUGAAGCUCCGGCGGACAGUCAGCGGCGCUUUCUCCAUGAGUUCGCUCGUCCAGUAUGAACCGCGGGUGAAUGACACGGUGCGCGUGUUUCUCGCUCGGACCGAAGAAUUGUACGCUGCGCCCGGGAAGUCGUGCAACUUCAUCCUCUGGCUCCAGUAUUUUGCAUUUGACGUGAUCACCGAGAUCACCUACAGCCGCCGGGUCGGGUUUGUCGACAAUUGUGAGGAUGUUGAUGGGAUCAUUGCCUGGCUGAACAAGAUCUUUGACUAUCAGGCUCCGGUGGGCCAGAUGCCGUGGCUCGACAAAUUGUUUGUCAAGAAUCCGAUCAUGACACUGGCGAGCAAAUACGGCCUGAUCGACAACUCAUCCGGGACGGCCAAGUUCUCCCGCGCCCGCAUGGCCGAGCGGCUCUCGGGGAGGUACAAAAAGGACAGCAUGGAUCUGUUGACCAUGUUCCUGAAGGCUCAGAAGGAGAACCCGACCUUUUUCGACGACGGCCGUCUCCUGACCAUGACCACGUCCAUUGCCCUGGCGGGAUCCGACACCACGGCCAUCAGUCUUGCGGCCGUCUUCUACUAUCUCCUGAUUAACCCGGAAUGCUACGAGAAGCUCAACCGGGAAAUUGACGAGUCGAUCGCCACGGGGCUCAUCUCGGAUGCCUCCGGGAUCAUCACCUGGACCGAUGCGCAAAAACUACCCUACCUCCAUGCCUGCAUACAGGAGACCUUUCGCAUCCAUCCAGCCAUCGCCAUGAUUCUGGAGAGACUCGUCCCGCCCCAGGGUAUGGAGAUUGCAGGAGAAUUUAUCCCCGGCGGCACCGUCGUCGGGUGUAGCCCGUGGGUCAUGCAUCGGCAACCGGAGAUCUUUGGCGAAGACGUCGACAUCUGGAGACCCGAGCGGUGGAUGGGCAAUUCCGACGAAGACGAGCGCAGGAUCAAGAAGAUGAACAUGGUCAUGUUCCAGUUUGGCGGCGGCUCGAGGACGUGCCUGGGAAAACAUAUCGCCUUGUUGGAGAUGUACAAGCUGGUUCCCAGCUUUCUCAGACGAUUCGAGGUAAAUUAG